AUGCCGACGGAAGACGAUCUGACGCAAGAGUCGACGCACGGUGAAGAGGAUGCCGAGAAACCGGAGAAGAAGAAACGCAAGAAGAGGCGGAAGCAUCGAUCCAGGCAUCACAGAAGAUUGACCAAAGAGAGCGUACCCAACUUCGAGAUUCCAGGUGUAGUUCACGUGGUGCUGGAUGAAAGCGUGCAAAGAGUUCUGAAAGCCGUUGUUGGUGAGGAUAUUACAGCAGAGAAACCUUGGAAGAAGGUGCAGAAGGAGCUCGUGCAAGAGCAAAUCGAGGGCGAGGAUGUUCCGGAAGAGUUUCAGUGUUUUAUACCUUACAAACAGGAGAUUAUUGAAUAUUCCUCCAGCAAAAUGCUGCUGGGUUACAUUCCGGACGAGUCCAGGGAGUACGACGAGUUUUUAUUCUGCUUGAACCCCGAAGCCGAAGAAGCUGUGAACGCUAUCAUUAAGAAGAUCGAGGAGCGACAGCAGACGCGUUUGAACAACAGCAUCAACAAGACUAUACAUCCGUGGAAGACUUUGGGAAGUGGGCCUGAAGUUGAGGAGAAUAUAGUCAAAUAUUCUAGAGGCUUGUAUCGCGUCGAAUUUGAAACGAAAUACCCGAUAAUGGAAGGAAACGUUCAGUUUAGACCGAGAAUGGUGCAUCAGGUGCGCGACGGUUACGUCGAGUUACUUCUUCCUAAUCGCGUUACCAUAACCAACGUCUUCAAGAGGAGGAUCGAUGCUGAGACUCAGGUGGCUCCAACAGUCCGCACAGACGAAGCCCAAACCAACUGUCCGUACCCGAGGAACGCUUGGACUCAAUACGAGUACGAUUGCGUUUACGUGAAGACGCUUUCCAAAGAUUUCGUCGCGAGAUUCGGCGAUUUCGUGCAGCGCGAAAUGGACGCAAUCGCCAACGAUUUACUCAUCAACGGAAACAUCAAUCUGUACACCGACGAUUACCGAGAUUUGAUAGUCGAUGAAAGAUACUCGAAAAAAGAUGAGAGGACUAUAGGGAUGCAGGACGAGUACAUGUCUUUUAAGGAGAAUAAAAAGUGCAAGGAUAAGAUGAUUUCUGCCGUGGCCUGGCAUCCUUUGUGGACCGGAAUUGUGGCUAUUGCGUACACAUCGAAAUCGCCUUUAUGGUUUCACAGAGGAAAGAAUCCGGAGAAUUAUUUGUACGAAAUCGCGCACGGUUAUAAUCCGGUCUUGAUCUGGUCCUUCAACGACGGGCUAAAACCUAAACUGUACUUGGAAGCUUAUCGAGCUGUUCAUUGCUUAAGCUUCUGUCCGCACGACGAGAAUAUCUUAAUUGGCGGAUGCGAGAACGGUCAAAUCAUUCUUUGGGAUUUGAAGAACAAGAUUUACAAAGUGGAAGAGAUCGAGAUUCUGACCACUUCCCAGCAGAAUUACCGCGUGCAAAUGUACUCGUUGAUGAAGUGGAUGAAGAACACGAGAAAUGCGGCUAUCGUCCCACCGACUGCCGUCUCCGAAAUCUCUUUCUCUCACACCAACAACGUGACUUCUAUAUUUUGGGUGCAUCCGACUUGCUUCUUCUCGAAAACCGGCCAAUACGAAACAGUGAGCGCCGAAGAUCCGUCUUUGCAGUUCGCCACUUCGGGCGCCGACGGCGCCAUAAAGUUUUGGGAUUUAAAGCAGAAACCGAUAUCCAUGCCGGGCGAGUACAGACCUCAACGUAAACUGCGAAGACUGAAGAAACGUCCGAGCGCUUUAACAUUGGACGUCUCGCCGUUCAGAAUCCUUCACAGAAAACUGAAACCUCACUAUCAAUUGAAUGUUAUUUUACCGAAGGGAACGACCAGAUGUCCGGUUGCCAUCACCAUUUUACCGUCGUUUCAAAUACCUAUAGAAGAGGUGAAUCCGGAUCCGGAUCGCGUCUUCAAUUUAGCGCAAAGGUUGUAUUUCAAACCGCUGUUGACUGAUGAUGGGAAGAUGAUGAAGCAGGAGUUUUGCGUUGGAACGUAUUUCGGGGAUUUCGCGAUCGGGAAUUGGGAAGGAUUCGAGUAUAUGUCUGGGGAGAUUUGCGCGCAGGAGCAGGCGAAGAUCUUCAACAUAGCGAGGUAUCAUGACGGGCCUGUGUUGACGUUGGAGAGGUGCCCGUAUCGUGAGGAUAUUUAUUUGACUGUCGGCGGGAAGGUUUUCGCUGUUUGGAAGACCAGUUUGAAGUCGAUGCCGAUCCUUUGGCGGAGGUCCAGGUUUAGGUAUCUGCAUGGGCAUUGGACUCCCGAAAUACCUGGAGGGAUCAGGAUUAACAGGUCGGAUGGGAACAGGGAAAUCUGGAGCUUCGAUUGUAGGAGUGAUACGUUCUACAUGGAUUUGGCGUAUUCGGGGAAGGCUCUGCUGCAAGGGAAACCCCAUCCGUUUAUUAUGGAGGAAAACUUGAUUGGUUUAGCUGAUGAUGUCGGCUCGUUUCGCUUGAUUUAUUUGGCUGUUCCGCCGAGCGAACAUUACGACGAGCAAUUAGAAGUGAUUAACAAUAUUUUCGAUUCUUCGGCGUCGCGGAAGGAGCAGUUUUUGAAGUGGCAGCAGACUUGGGUCGACACCAACGCUUCGUACAUACAAAGAAACAUGGCUGAAGCUAUAGAGGAAGCGAAAAGGAAGAAGGAGGAAUUGGAGAUACUCAAGCAACGAGAGGAGGUUUUGGCUGAGAUGAGAGCUGCAGAAGAAGCCAAAUUGGCUGCGGCUAAACUGAGAGCGCCUCCUGGGAAAUACGAGGAAUGGGCUCACGAGCAGUGGAUCGUGAAGGAGCAGGAACGGAUGGGAAACGUUCUUCUAUCGAAAAAACGUUUAGACACGGAGACUCUGAUCAAGCAGCAGGCGCCUCUGAAGAAGAUCGAGGAGCAGGAGGAGAGGAAGAAGCAGCGGCAGAAGGAGAGGCUGCACAAGGCCAACGAUAUUUUCAACGAUACCAUCGCGAUGCUCUUCCCUGAUCUGCUGAAGGAUCGGGAGGUCGUCAAAGAGACGACGACUUUCACUACGGCCGAUUACGAGAACGUGAAGAAGCAGUACUUUCAGGCGUACGACGAGGUUAAGGACGGGGUCGAUACGUACGUGGAAGAAAAUCCUUUCGUGUACAACUUCGACUGGAAAGUCAUCAAAGCUACGAACAAGCAGAAGAAGAAAAACGCGGAGUUUAUCAAUAGCGUUUCGCAUAGGUCCAGAUACGACACGGAGAGGAAACCGAAGAAGGAAUAUUCGCAUCCUCAGCAUUCUUUGUUUAAAGGUUACUCUACCUUUGGUGAGGGUGACGAGGGUGGUCUGAAUAUGGGUGGUGUCUUCUCGCAAUCAACUAUGGCCAGUUUAACCAACAUCAGUAAUUUAGGAGUAGUUUUGUCGCGUCUGAAGGAGUCCGUCGCUCCUGCUGAGAUCGACCCAGGCGCCUCCGCCGAAUACUAUCCAUUCGCCACGGUUCUUCGGCUACGGGUUUUGCAGAUCGUGUUCGGGAUAACGUUCCUGAUAAUGGGAACGGUGGCCUUCAUCGAGGAACGUGGAGAGCUUAACCUGGGCCUGGGUAUUCCCGCCGGUGCGUCCACGAUAAUAGCGGCCG